AUGUCAGGAAAGAGCUUCAGAGUAAGCGACGGGGACUGGAUAUGUCCUGACAAAAAGUGUGGAAAUGUCAACUUUGCAAGGAGGACGAGUUGUAAUAGAUGUGGAAGAGAGAAAACCACAGAGGCUAAGAUGAUGAAAGCAGGAGGAACUGAGAUUGGGAAAACUCUGGCUGAGAAAAGCAGAGGACUUUUCAGUGCGAAUGACUGGCAAUGUAAAACAUGUGGGAACGUUAACUGGGCGAGGAGGUCAGAAUGCAACAUGUGUAACACUCCCAAAUAUGCCAAGCUUGAAGAAAGAACAGGUUAUGGUGGUGGUUUUAAUGAAAGGGAAAAUGUAGAGUACAUUGAGCGAGAGGAAUCCGACGGUGAAUAUGAUGAGUUUGGAAGGAAAAAGAAAAAGUAUCGUGGAAAGAGCAAGUCUUCCUCAAAAGGAAGUGAAAAGAAAGAGGUGUCGAAAAAAGCUCAGCCUCCGCCGCCACAACAGCAGGAUGAUGAUGAUGAAGAGGAGGAGGAGGAUGAAGAUGGUGACCUGUCAAAGUACAAACUGGAUGAUGAAGACGAAGACGAUGAAGACGGCGACCUGUCAAAGUACGACCUGGACGCUAGUGAUGAUGAGAAGGAGCAAGCUAAGAAAAAGGGCAGCCGUUCAGGCUCGUCCCGGUCCCGCUCGUCCUCACGCUCCUCCAGCUCCAGUUCUCGGUCGAGGUCCAGAUCUGGUUCUAGGAGCUCUUCUAGUUCCCGAUCCGGAUCUCGCUCGAGGUCCCGCUCCAGAUCCAGCUCCAGGUCUGGAAAAGGCUCCCCGGCCCGGAAAAGGUCCGUCUCACCGUCCUCCUCACCUGAGGGGGGAGAGAAGCGCAGUCGUUCCAGGUCGUCAUCUGGAGGGAGAAAACGGAGGCGCUCCAGAUCCCAUUCGUCCGAAAGGCGCAGCAAUCAGUCCUCCGGAUCCUCCCAUUCUGGCUCCAGUUCAAAAAAGAAAAAAAAUUAA